UGCAUACGCUCGGUGUGAAAAGUGAACGAACACACCUGAAAUCUAUAUAAAAAAAAAUUUGACAAGCGCCAUCAGUCAACUUGUAUUUAGUCCUUCAGUCGCCAUAGUGAAUGGUAAGCGAGGUGCCCGAUAAAAACUGCCAAAACUGGUAAGAACCAGUAAAAACUCAAAUAUUUGCCAGAAAACUGAGGUCUAUGACGAAGAUCUAAUCACAAUGACUAAUUCAACAGAUGUUGCAGUGGUAAGAAUGAAUGCGUAUCUCAAUUUACGGCUCAUCGAACGAUGCAGGGAGCUGGAGAAUCUCAUAGAUGAGUCAAGCACAGCAGAACUGCAGCUUGUGUUUCCAGCUUUAAUCGAUUCAAUAUUUGGACUGACGAAUAAAAUUGGAUGGGGUCUACACAAUAUAAGUCUUACGAAAAAUCCCCAUGAGUAUGAAGCAUUUUUAAACUUCCUUGGACCUACAGGACCCAUAUUUUCACUAUGCUACAAACUUCUCCCAGACUGUUAUCUCAAGUAUGAUUUUCCAGUUUCAUAUCUGCCGACAAAAAUAAGAACUAUGCUCGAAGAAGGAAUUAUUCCCCCUUUUUAUUCAGACAAAUUAAAAGAUGAUCAAAGCUCACGUCUUCCUCAAGUACUUUCAAUGAACCCAUACGAAUAUUAUAUUUUUCAUUUCGCCUAUCAUUUAACAAAUCCUUGGCUUCAGCUUCAGCCAACAGAAAAUGUUUGGAUGAACUGGGAAACAAUUUACGUCCAACUUGCCAAUUUAUAUUUGCAACACUUUUUGCCACGUGAUAAUUCAACAGUAUUACCGUUAAUUGGUCCAUAUGUGAAAAAAAUACCACCCCGAAAAUUAAUGCAGACACCCGAAGCUAAAAGAUUCCAGACUCCAAGAAUUUUAAGAACAAUACUUUCACCAGUUUCGAUAAAUACUCAAGGAACACCACAGCAACAAUGUCUUUCUCAAGUUUGGCGAAGUGAAACAGUUGUACAAGUUUUUUUGGACUUUUGGCUCGAGUAUACCGAAGAAGAAAAAUUAAUUUCACCUUUGGAUUCUCGAUUACCACCGUCUUUACCACGAAGACAUAGCAUCCAUUCUGGUGAACACAUUCGUCUCGUUCGCGCGUUUAUUAAAACACUUCAUGAAUUUGCUAACAGUUCAAGAGGUGAUAAAAGUGCAAUGGAUGAAUUAAAAAGAAUCAUAUUACCAUCAGUUCAAGGAAAAAUUUAUACAUUUCUAAGAAAAGCUAUUCAUCACUGGCCACUUGACAGCUCAUUUCGACUUAUAUUAGAGGCAUGGUUAAGUUUUAUUCAGCCGUGGAGAUACGUUCGAAAAUUUUGUAGUGAAGGAAAUCUAGAAGGUGACGAAAGAGGAAAGAUUAAUGAUCCUUCUAGAUGGAUGUCGUUUGUAGCAAAUAAUUUACUGGCCUAUACAGCAAUAUUUGAGCAACUGUUACCCAGAUUUAUUAGAACUGAUUUGGUUGCACCGAAAAAUGCUCUUAUGCUUUUUCGAGUUACAAAGGUAUUUUCGCAACCUCAUUUAGCUGAAAUGUUGAUAGAAACAGAAAGUUGUAUGGAUGAUGCUAAUGUUAGUCGAGGAGGCAAGAUAACAGCAACACAGUGGAGUGCAAUAGUUAAACAACAAAUACUUGAACUAGAAGGACCUAACUAUAAGUACAAUCCAAUGUUUUCUGAAUCAACAAUUUCAAAAAUUAUUUGGUUUUUAAGUACUAUUAAACAGGCGCAUUUAACAGCGACGAGUAUCGUUGAAGCACUUGAAAAAAGACGACUGGAAAAAAAAAUUUUCCUAACAAUUUGGGAAUUUUUUAAUGGUGAAGAAAGUUCUACUGAUGAUAUUGGAUUAACUGAUAGGAAAAAAGUACCCGGAUUUUUGCUUAAUUCUCAACAGCAAAUUAUUGAAAUAUUCCAAAUCAGGCUUGAAGAUACUCCCAGAGUUGCUAUUGUAGCAGAUCAAGAAUACCAUGAUAGUAUUUUGUCAACUUCUUUUUCACAUCAAUCACAAUUUGAUUCAAGUGUUGAUACUCAUAGGCCAGGAGUUUUUGUACGUAUUCAAGAAGAGCGUCACCAAUUUCGAUACAUCGAGUAUAUGGGAGAUCCAGAAGUACAACCAGUACGUUCAAACGAAUGUGCUUUUCUUGUUCGUACCUUGUAUAAGAUAUGUGAAAUCAUCAACUCUAAGUACGAACGUGAGAUAACAAAUUCAUAUUGGCGUAAUGAUAUGAUUGGUCGUAUGGCCAAGAGAAUUCUUCAACCGCCAACAAUUGUCAGAUGUCUACCUAAACGGACUUCGAAAGGCUUUACACUUGCUCAAGAAAGUGAAUUGUCUCCAAGAUUGUCUCUCAGAAUUUUAGCGAGUUACAAUUUUUUAGUUAUUCUAAUCUUGAGUAUUCUGGUUUUUCGGUUUUUUGAGUAUGGCACUUAUAUGUAUAUAUUUUGCCUUAUUUGCUGGACAUUUUAUACACUGAUCGAAACAGCAUGUAAUUUUUAAAUUUAAUAAUAUGGAUGGCGUGUAAACUCAA